GUUCUAUCCAAGAAAGAUAUGCUUAAACGUAAUAAGGUCAAGCGUGUUCUCACCGAACAAGAGAUCCUUUCGAGUUCAAAUUACCCAUUUAUUGUCACACUCUACCAUUCCUUUCAAAGUAAAGACUAUCUUUAUUUUGUGAUGGAGUACUGCGUUGGCGGUGAAUUUUUCAGAGGCAAACCUGGUAAAUGCUUGGACGAGAAUGGGGCCAGGUUUUAUGCAGCAGAAGUGAUUUCAGCCCUGGAAUACUUGCAUCUUCAGGGGUUCAUAUAUCGUGAUUUGAAGCCAGAGAACAUUCUGUUGCACCACACUGGGCACCUCAUGCUAACCGAUUUUGACCUGAGUAAACAAUCCUUUUCUCCUUCUCCACCUGCUAUUAUCAAAUCAACCUCACGAAACAAGGAUCCAAUCAUUGACACCAAGACAUGCAUAUCUGAUUUGCGUACCCACAGCUUUGUAGGCACAGAAGAAUAUAUUGCACCCGAAGUAAUCAAAAUGUGUGGCCACACAAGUGCAGUCGAUUGGUGGACAUUGGGAAUAUUUAUCUAUGAAAUGCUGGCAAAUCAACCCGUACCUUUUCCUGAGCAGCCCUCAUUUAUGUCGUCUUUACAGUUACGAAAUAAGAAUAAGCCAAAGACAACUGAGCUGCAGGCGGUUUCGGGACUGUGUAAACAGUUAAUACGACGUCUCUUAGACAAAGAAGAGACCACACGUCUUGGAUCUCGGGCAGGUGCAAGCGACGUCAAGGCCCACCCGUUCUUUCAACCUCUUAACUUUGCUCUACUGCGAAGUAUGAUACCUCCCAUCGUUCCU